AGCAAACACAGCAUUUCAGUGUUCUUUAGAUCCAACACAAUUCUCUCACACAACAAAAGAUCAUUUUCUCUAGUUAACAGAGAAAAAAAAACAUGAUUAGUCCAAAGAAGCUAAUCAAAUUAGCAAAGAAGUGGCAGAAACUGGCUGCAAGCAAGCGAAAAAGAAUCUCAUUGCCCACAACCACUGGGGUUGUUGAAGCAGAGAGUUGCAGCGCAUCUUCAAUGGCUGAGAAGGGUCAUUUUGUUGUAUACACUACCGAUCAAAGGCGCUUUGAGAUUCCCUUAAACUAUCUUAAAAAUAACAUUAUCAGGGAGCUUUUUGCAAUGGCAGAAUAUGAGUUUGGAUUUCCAAGCGGUGGACCUAUCACAUUGCCUUGUGAUGCAGUUUUCAUGGAGUAUGUAGUCUCUUUGAUUCAAAGGCACGUGGUAGAAGCUUUAGAGAAGGCAUUGCUUAUGUCCUUGGCUACCGGUCACUGUCUGCCAACUUCAAGUUUCUGUGGAGAGCAAAGGAACCAACAAUCACUGCUCUAUGGCUUCUAAAGCCAACCACAGGCGGAUUUUUGUAAAUAGUACACAACACUGUAGAAAGCUAACUGAUAUAUUGAUGAAUAUAUAAAUAUAUUCAUGUGAGCUAAUAUGUUGAUCAGAUUCAAAGAAAUAUGUGUUGCCAUAGUUGUAUAUUUGCCAGAUGCAAUGAAUGAGAUUGUGGCUUUUCUACAUAAAAUGGGGAAAGAUUGCAAAGAAA